AUGAAGUUGAACAAGCUCAAGGUGCGACCGUCCAAGGACCUCGCCGCCGCACCCUGCGCCGCCGAGUUUGCCACCAUGCUCGCGUGCUGGGCGUCUUCCAACGACCUUUCCAACGUCGGACAGUGCCGCGAAAGCGCAAAGGCAUUGCAGGUCUGCAUGGCUUCCAACAAAGGUAGAAGGGUCACGUCGAAGCCCACUGUCAACUACCACCUCGCCCGUCUCUCCAAGCACCUAUGA